AUGUUACUGUCCACCUUUCUCCCUGAUCUUUAUCUAUCUAUCUAUCUAUCUAUCUAUCUAUCUAUCUAUCUAUCUAUCUAUCUAUCUAUCUCCUCCACCGCCCCUCUCCCCAGCUCUCCCCAUCUCUCUCCCCAUUCUCUCUCCCAACUCUCUCUCCCCACUCUCUCUCCCCUAUCUCUCCUUCUCUUCCCUCUCUCUCCUUCCUACUCAUUUUCUCCUCCUCUCCACUCUUUUCCUGCUCUCCUAGCUCUCCCCCUCAUCUUUCUCCCUCUCUCUAUCUAUCCCUCUCUCUUUCUCCUCCACCACCCCUCUCCCCAGCUCUCCCCAUCUCUCUCCACACUCUCUCUCCCCUAUCUCUCCUUCUCUUCCCUCUCUCUCUAUCCCACUCAUUUUCUCCUCCUCCUCCCCUCUUUUCCUGCCCCCCCGGUCUCCCCUCUCUCCCUCAUCUUUUUUCCCUCUCUCUAUGUAUCCCUCUUUCUCCUUCCCCAUCUCUCCCCACUCUCUCUCCCUCUCUCUAUGAGCACUGGCCCUCCAGGGUGUAGCCUUUCUUUAAUUCUGCCUCUUCAGUCUUUUGAUCCUCCCUCCUCUCACAUUUCCUCUUGCCUUUCUUUAAUUCUGCCUCUUCAACUUUUCCAUCAUUCCCCCUCUCUCAUUUCCUCUAGCCUUUCUUUAAGUCUGCCUCUUCAUCUUUUCCAUCCUCCCUCCUCUCUCAUUUCCUCUAGCCUUUCUUUAAUUCUGCCUCUUCAACUUUUCCAUCCUCUCCUCCUCCCUCUCUCUCAUUUCCUCUCCCUCCCUUUCCUCUUUAAAUCUGCCUCUUUUCAGUCUUUUUCCCCCUUCCUCUCUCUCAUUUCCUCUAGCCUUUCUUUAAAUCUGCCUCUUCAUCUUUUCCAUCCUCCCCUCCCCUCUCUCAUUUCCUCUAGCCUUUCUUUAAUUCUGCCUCUUCAGUCUUUUCCAUCCUCCUCCUCUCUCAUUUCCUCUAGCCUUUCUUUCGUCUGCCUCUUCAGUCUUUUCCAUCCUCCCCUCCUCUCAUUUCCUCUUGCCUUUCUUUUAAUUCUGCCUACUUCACCUUUCUUUAAAUCUGCCUCUUUCUUUUUUCCAUCCUCCCUCUCUCUCAUUUCCUCUAGCCUUUUAAUUCUGCCUCUUCAGUCUUUUUCCAUCCUCCCUCCUCUCUCAUUUCCUCUAGCCUUUUUUUUAAAUCUGCCUCUUCAACUUUUCCAUCCUCCUCCUCUCAUUUCCUCUAGCCUUUCUUUAAUUCUGCCUCUUCAGACUUUUCCAUCCCUCCUCCUCUCUCAUUUCCUUCCUUUCUCUGCCUCUUCAGUCUUCCCAUCCUCCUCCUCUCUCAUUUCCUCUCUUUCUUUAAUUCUUUUCCAUCUUUUCCAUCCUCUCUCCUCUCAUUUCCUUUCUUUAAAUCUGCCUCUUCAUCUUUUCCAUCCUCCCUCCUCUCUCAUUUCCUCUAGCCUUUCUUUAAAUCUGCCUCUUCAGUCUUUUCCAUCCUCCUCCUCUCUCAUUUCCUCUAGCCUUUCUUUAAUUCUGCCUCUUCAGUCUUUUCCAUCCUCCCUCUCUCUCAUUUCCUCUAGCCUUUCUUUAAAUCUGCCUCUUCACCUUUCUUUAAGUCUGCCUCUUCAGUCUUUUCCAUCCUCCCUCCCUCUCAUUUCCUCUAGCCUUUCUUUAAUUCUGCCUCUUCAACUUUCAUUUCCUCUCAGCCUUUCUUUAAUUCUGCCUCUUCAGUCUUUUCCAUCCUCCUCCUCUCUCAUUUCCUCUUGCCUUUCUUUAAAUCUGCCUCUUCAGUCUUUUCCAUCCUCCCUCCUCUCUCAUUUCCUCUUUUCUUUCUUUAAUUCUGCCUCUUCCUCUUUCCAUCCUCCCUCCUCUCUCAUUUCCUCUAGCCUUUCUUUAAAUCUGCCUCUUCAUCUUUUCCAUCCUCCCUCCUCUCUCAUUUCCUCUAGCCUUUCUUUAAUUCUGCCUCUUCAUCUUUUCCAUCCUCCCUCCUCUCUCAUUUCCUCUAGCCUUUCUUUAAUUCUGCCUCUUCAUCUUUUCCAUCCUCCCUCCUCUCUCAUUUCCUCUAGCCUUUCUUUAAAUCUGCCUCUUCAUCUUUUCCAUCCUCCCUCCUCUCUCAUUUCCUCUAGCCUUUCUUUAAUUCUGCCUCUUCAGUUUUCUUUUCCAUCCUCCUCCUCUCUCAUUUCCUCUAGCCUUUCUUUAAUUCUGCCUCUUCAGACUUUCCAUCCUCCUUUCCUCCUCUCCAUUUCCUCUAGCCUCCUUUCUUUUUUCUGCCUCUUCAUCUUUUCCAUCCUCCCUCUCUCUCAUUUUUCCUCUAGCCUUUCUUUAAUUCUGCCUCUUCAGUCUUUUCCAUCCUCCCUCCUCAUUUCAUUUCCUCUAACCUUUCUUUUCCAUCUGCCUCUUCACCUUUCUUUAAUUCUGCACCUCUUCAGUCUUUUCCAUCCUCCUCCUCUCUCAUUUCUCUCUAGCCUUUCUUUAAAUCUGCCUCUUCAGACUUUUUUUUUCCAUCCUCCCUCCUCUCUCAUUUCCUCUAGCCUUUCUUUAAGUCUGCCUCUUCACCUUUCUUUAAAUCUGCCUCUUCAGUCUUUUCAUCCCACCUUUUCAUCCUCCUCCUCUCCCAUUUCCUCUAGCCUUUCUUUAAAUCUGCCUCUUCAGUCUUUUCCAUCCUCCCUCCUCUCUCAUUUCCUCUUGCCUUUCUUUAAAUCACCUCUUCAUCUCCCUCCUCUCUCAUUUCCUCUCUUUCUCUGCCUCUUCAGUCUUUUCCAUCCUCCUCCUCUCUCAUUUUCUUCUUUAAUUCUGCCUCUUCAGUCUUUUCCAUCCUCCCUCCUCUCUCUACCUUUCUUUAAUUUCUGCCUCUUCAGUCUUUUCCAUCCUCCUCCUCUCUCAUUUCCUCUAGCCUUUUCUUUAAAUCUGCCUCUUCAUCUUUUCCAUCCUCCCUCCUCUCUCAUUUCCUCUAGCCUUUCUUUAAAUCUGCCUCUUCAGUCUUUUUUCCAUCCUCCCUCCUCUCUCAUUUCCUCUAGCCUUUCUUUAAUUCUGCCUCUUCAGUCUUUUUCCAUCUCCUCCUCUCUCAUUUCCUCUAGCCUUUCAAUUCUGCCUCUUCAUCUUUUCCAUCCUCCCUCCUCUCUCAUUUCCUCUAGCCUUUCUUUAAUUCUGCCUCUUCAGACUUUUCCAUCCUCCCUCCUCUCUAUCUUUUCCAUCCUCCUCCUCUCCAUUUCCUCUAGCCUUUCUUUAAAUCUGCCUCUUCAGUCUUUUCCAUCCUCCUCCUCUCUCAUUUCCUCUAGCCUUUCUUUAAAUCUGCCUCUUCAUCUUUUUUCCAUCCUCCUCCUCUCCAUUUCCUCUAGCCUUUCUUUUCUGCCUCUUCAGUCUUUUCCAUCCUCCUCCUCUCUCAUUUCCUCUAGCCUUUCUUUAAAUCUGCCUCUUCAUCUUUUCCAUCCUCCCUCCUCUCUCUCCUCUAUCCUUCUUCGUCUGCCUUUAAAGUCCUCCAUCUUUUCCAUCCUCUCUCCUUUCUCCUCUAGCCUUUCUUUAAAUCUGCCUCUUCAUCUUUUCCAUCCUCCCUCCUCUCUCAUUUCCUCUAGCCUUUCUUUAAUCUUUUCCAUCCUCCCUCCUCUCUCAUUUCCUCUAGCCUUUCUUAAAUCUGCCUCUUUCAGACUUCUCCAUCCUCCCUCCUCUCUCAUUUCCUCAGCCUUUCUUUUCCUCUGCCUUUCUUCACUCUUUCCAUCCUCCUCCCUCUCUCUCAUUUCCUCUAGCCUUUCUUUAAUUCUGCCUCUUCACCUUUCUUUAAUUCUGCCUCUUUUCAUCCUCCCUCCCUCUUUUCCUCUCCUCCCUCCUCUUCAUUCUUUUCCUCUCUCUCCUUUCUUUAAAUCUGCCUCUUCACCUUUCUUUAAUUCUGCCUCUUCAGUUUUUUCAUCAUUCCCCUCUCUUUCCUCUAGCUUUUCUUUAAAUCUGCCUCUUCAUCUUUUCCAUCCUCCCUCCUCUCUCAUUUCCUCUUGCCUUUCUUUAAUUCUGCCUCUUCAGUCUUUUCCAUCCUCCCUCCUCUCAUUUCCUCUAGCCUUUUCUUUAAUUCUGCCUCUUCAGUCUUUCCAUCCUUCCUCCUCUCUCAUUUCCUCCCUUUCUUUAAUUCUGCCUCUUCAGUCUUUUCAUCCUCCUCCUCUCACAUUUCCUCUAGCCUUUCUUUCAUCCUGCCUCUUCAGUCUUUCCAUCCUCCCUCCCUCUCAUUCCUCUAGCCUUUCUUUAAUUCUGCCUCUUCAGUCUUUUCCAUCCUCCCCCUCUCUCAUUUCCUCUAGCCUUUCUUUCUUCUGCCUCUUCAGUCUUUUUCCAUCUCCUCCUCUCUCAUUUUCCUCUAGCCUUUCUUUAAUUCUGCCUCUUCAUCUUUUCCAUCCUCCUCCUCUCUCAUUUCCUCUAGCCUUUUCUUUAAUUCUGCCUCUUCAGUCUUUUCCAUCCUCCCUCCUCUCUCAUUCCUCUAGCCUUUCUUUCCCUUUCUUUUUAAUCUGCCUCUUCAGUCUUUUCCAUCCUCCCUCCUCUCUCAUUUCCUCUAGCCUUUCUUUAAGUCUACUCUUCUGUCUUUUCCAUCCUCCCUCCUCUCUCAUUUCCUCUAGCCUUUCUUUAAAUCUGCCUCUUCAACUUUUCCAUCAUUCCCCCUCUCUCAUUUCCUCUAGCCUUUCUUUAAUCUUUUCCCAUCCUCCUCCUCUCUCAUUUCCUCCUGUAACCCUUUCUUUAAAUCUACCUCUCCAGUCUUUUCCAUCCUCUCCCUCUCUCAUUUCCUCUAACCUUUCUUUAAAUCUGCCUCUUCAUCUUUUCCAUCCUCCGUCCUCUCUCAUUUCCUCUAGCCUUUCUUUAAGUCUGCCUCUUCAGACUUUUUCCUUCAUUCCUCUCCUCAUUUCCUCUAGCCUUUCUUCGUCUGCCUCUUCAGUCUUUUCAUCCUCCUCUCUCAUUUCCUCUAGCCUUUCUUUAAUUCUGCCUCUUCAUCUUUCCAUCCUCCCUCCUCUCUCAUUUUCCUCUAACCUUUCUUUAAUUCUGCCUCUUCAGACUUUUUCCAUCCUCCUCCUCUCUAUCUUUUCCAUCCACCCUCCUCUCUCAUUUCCUCUAGCCUUUCUUUUAAGUCUGCCUCUUCAGUCUUUUCCAUCCUCCCCUCUCUCAUUUCAUUUUCUCCUCUAUUCUUUUUCUCUGCUUUUCCAGUCUGCCUCUGCAAUUUUCCAUCCUCUCUCUCUCAUUUCCCCUCUAGCCUUUCUUUCGUCUGCCUCUUCUGUCUUUUUCAUCCUCCCUCCUCUCUGUUUCCCUCUAGCCUUUCUUUCGUCUGCCUCUUCAGUCUUUUCCAUCCUCCCUCCUCUCCCCAUUUCCUCUGCUUUCUUUAUUCUGCCUCUUCAGUCUUUUCCAUCCUCCUUCUCUCUUUCUUUUCCUUUCUUUAAUUCUGCUCUUCUCUUUCUUUCCCUCCUCUCUCAUUUCCUCUGCUUCUUUCUUUAUAUUUUCUGCUUCUCUUUUAUCCUUACUAAACCUGCCUCUCUCAUUUAUAUUACUAAACAUUCUCUCUCUCCCCAUUUUCCUAGCCUUCUCUUCUUAUAUUCUAACCUUCUCUCUGUUCUUUUCUAUCCCCCCCUCAUUUCAUUUCUCUUCUUUCUCUCAUCUGCCUCUAAACCUUCUCUCAUUUAUCCCUCCCUCUCUCUCAUUUCCCUAUUACUUUCUUUUCUUUUCCAUCCUCCCUCUCUCUCUCAUUUCCUAAGCCUUUUCUUUAAGUCUGCCUCUUCAGUCUUUUCCAUCCUCCCUCCUCUCUCAUUUCCUCUAGCCUUUCUUCCCUUUCUUUCAUCUGCCUCUUCUCUCUUUCUUCAUUCCUCUCUCUCAUUUCCUCUUGCUCUUUCUUUAAAUCUGCCUCUCUCUUUUAUAUUACUAAACCUUCUCUCUCCUUUAUAUUACUUUAAAUCUGCCUCUUCAUUUAUAUUCCUCCCUCCUCUCUCAUUCCUCUAUUUUCUUAAAUCUGCCUCUUCAGUCUUUACAUCCUUCCUCCUCUCUCAUUUUCUAACCUUUCUUUAUUUCUGCCUCUCUCUCAUUUAUAUUCCUAAACCUCUCUCAUUUCCUCUAUAUUUCUUUAAAUCUGCCUCUCAUUUAUAUUUUAAUCCUCCCUCAUUUAUAUUUAAAUUCCUUUCUUUAAACCUCCCUUCUCUCAUUUAUAUUACUAAAUCAUUUAUAUUACUUAUAUUCUCUCAUUUCUCCCUUCCUCUUCAUUUCUUAUUACUAAACCUUCUCUCUCAUUUAUAUUACUAA